CCUAACGUGUGGCCAGAUUUCAGAGUGGAGGGGAGCUAAUAAUAGGCUUCCCCGCUCUCCAAAUGAGAUUGCUGUAAGGCGAUUCUUUGAGACAGAGACAAGUUCAUCUUCGUUAAACCGAGACGCAAAACGUUGACCUCGGGCAGCGUCCUGAUCCAGACUCCAUGCACUAAUGCUUUCAGGGAUACUACCGGCAAGGGCUCACCGAAAACUGGUGUGCCGCGCGGUCUACACCAUGUACGAAGGGCGAAAUGUGAUAAACAAGUCAACCUUCACCAAAAUUGAAGAAAACAACGAAAAGAAGAAUUCAUCAGAGAAAGGGAGAGCGACAAUCAUCUUUUCCUUGAAGAAUGAAGUUGGGGGACUUGUAAAGGCACUCAAACUCUUCCAGGAAAACCACGUGAACCUUGUACACAUUGAGUCCAGGAAAUCCAAAAGACGCAACUCUGAGUUUGAAAUUUUUGUGGACUGUGACAGCAACCACGAGCAACUGAAUGAAAUCAUCCAGCUGCUGCGGAAGCAUGUGAAUGUGGUGGAUAUGGAGCCUCCAGAUAACUCCUGUCUACGCGAGGAAGAUAUGUAUGAAGUACCCUGGUUCCCAAAGAAGAUUUCAGACUUGGAUAAGUGUGCUAACCGAGUCCUGAUGUAUGGAUCUGAACUGGAUGCUGACCAUCCGGGUUUCAAGGACAAUGUCUAUCGGAAAAGGCGAAAGUAUUUUGCAGAUCUUGCCAUGGCCUACAAACAUGGAGAUCCCAUUCCUCGUAUUGAGUUCACACAGGAGGAAGUGAAGACUUGGGGUGUUGUGUACAGGGAGCUCAACAAGCUGUACCCUACCCACGCCUGCCGGGAAUACUUGAAGAACUUGCCACUGCUGUCCAAAUAUUGUGAAUGUCGGGAGGACAACAUCCCUCAGCUGGAAGAUGUGUCACGCUUCCUCAGGGAACGUACUGGAUUUACCAUCAGGCCUGUGGCAGGUUACCUGUCCCCCCGUGACUUUCUUGCUGGUUUGGCAUUCCGCGUUUUCCACUGCACCCAGUAUGUGCGGCACAGCUCCGACCCCUUGUACACCCCUGAACCGGACACAUGCCAUGAGCUGCUGGGCCACGUCCCGCUGCUGGCAGAGCCCAGCUUUGCUCAGUUUUCUCAGGAGAUUGGUCUCGCUUCACUUGGAGCCUCUGAUGAUUCAGUUCAAAAACUGGCCACUUGCUAUUUCUUCACUGUGGAGUUUGGUCUAUGCAAACAAGAGGGGCAGCUGCGAGCUUAUGGAGCUGGACUUCUGUCAUCUAUCAGUGAGCUCAAGCAUGCGCUCUCUGGUAAUGCAAGGAUAAUGCCUUUCGACCCCAAAAUUACAUCAAAGCAGGAAUGCAUCAUCACAACGUUUCAGGAUGUCUACUUUGUGUCAGACAGCUUUGAGGAGGCCAAAGUCAAAAUGAGGGAGUUUGCCAAGACCAUCAAGCGUCCCUUCACGGUUCGAUACAACCCCUACACCCAGAGUGUGGACGUGCUAAAAGACACUCCCAGCAUCAACAGUGUGGUGGAGGAGCUGCGACACGAGCUUGACAUCGUCGGUGACGCACUCAGCCGGCUGAACAAACACCUGGGUGUCUGACUGCGCACAGUUCACAUGGAGUUACACUGACAGUCUGUCAUCCCCGGCACUGCUGUAGAGACGUUGCUUGUGUGUUGUCCUUUGCCAGUAACAUGAAUGUGUGUCGUUUUUUUUUUUGCAAAAAUGUUCUAUCGUCUCCACUGCAUGGUUUAUAUAGCUUACACAAUUUACAGGUGCACUAGGUAUGUUUAGUCACUAACUUUAAGAUAUUUGACAAACCCAAAGAGCUGCUUAAUCUGAGGUACUAUUUGGCUUCUAUAUUCCAAACAGUUUCUGUGCUUUGAUGGUACUUCAGUUCACUUUUGAAACACUUCCAGCUGUUACAGACACCUCCAAUUGUUAUUUCUGCUUUUGUAUAUGAUUGUGUGAGUUUUCUUUUCUUUUUUUUGUAAAUCAUUUCAUUCUUCUUCUUCAUGUUUAAUACUCCUCUCUUCAGUGAAAUGUUUAAAAUGUACCUUCUUUGUAUUUGUCUUUUGGCGUGUGUGUGUGUGUGUAAUAUUCCUUUUUUGUGUGCUGUUGAGGGAAAUUAUGAAAGUGACACCUUUAACUAGCUGUUCUUAUAAGAAUGCUCUUGUGAUUGAUUAUGAUCGAUUUGACCCAUGUCAGCGAUUACUUUACAGUGAUGAUUUUUAAUACUUCCUCUUGAAUUGAAUUCAGUUGUAGAACUCCAGAAAUCAAGACAUUAUUUUUCUACUGUAAAGAAAUAUAGAAAUUAGAACUAGGUUAUGAAUCAAACAAAAAAAAUUUGAAUAAAAAAGUCAUUUGUGUGUUUAUAGCAUGCCAAAACAGUUGUUUAAUUGUUGAUUUAUUACUUUUAUUAGUUUUUGUGGAUGUAACUUUGUUAUUGAACCCUGAGGAUGCUGCUGCUGUUGAUGAUAGACAUGCAAGAUGAUGGCAGCGAAGACUCUGAAAGUGAUUAUAACAAUUAUUUUGAGGCUGGAGUUUGCAAAAUCUCAAUAAAGUGUUGCAGAAAAAAAUAUGCCUUUGAUUUGA